AUGGACCAGGGCGUGAUUAGGAACUUGAAAGUUCACUACCGAUCGCGCCUUUUGAAUCGUGUGCUGUCGUGUGUGGACUGCGGGAAGAACUACGUUGUGAAUGUGCUCUCGGCCAUCAGCAUCCUGUCUGAUGCCAAGAAGGCAGUGACGGUGGACACAAUGCGUAACUGCUUUCGCCAUGCAGGAUUUCUCCUUGAUAGUCAGGACAGUGCCACAGGCCAGGACCCCGUGGCUGAGAUGCCGCCUGACGUGAACAUUAUCGAAGACCCCUGUGCCAGUGAGCUCGAUAUCCCUGCUGUUACGUUUGAAGAGCUUGCGAACCUCGACAGUGCCAUCUUGCCCUGCGCCGAGUUGGAUGAUGACGAGAUCGUCCGUCAGGUUCUGGAGCCAUUGCAAGUGAACAGUGACUCUGAUGACGAUGACCACUCACACCACAGCCAUCGAGUGCGGACUUUAGCGCAGGCCUUGACGACGCUCUUCUCUACCUAUAACGAUGGUCAGACACUGUGA